AACGAGCUGACUGGAGAGGCGGAAGCAUAACGUUCAAAUAAUAUGGCGGUUUGUCCAACAAACAGACACAACCGGAGACUCCAAGUGAGACGCUCUUAAAAUAUAUAGUUCUUAAAUAGCACUUCUGAAGUUUAUAGCGUUCUUGUAAAAUGUGUGCUCGAAGAAGCGGCGAGGAGAAGAGAUGACCAAUAAAUCACCAACAUUAGCAGGCUGCUGAGCAAGAAAAAGAAGAAGAAGGAGGAGGAGGAACAGGAGGAGAAGGAGAAGGAGAAGGGUUGAUUAAGCACCAAAAGAGGAGCAAAGUCCUGCUGUGUGUCUACCGAUGCGGACCAAGUAGCCGCCAGAAUCCGGGGACAUCCCCGGGUUUGAAUGAUUGCGGAGCUUCCUCCUCCUGCCAGGUGAGGAUGAGUAUGGAGGAUUACGACUACUUGUUCAAGAUCGUUCUGAUUGGGAAUGCCGGUGUUGGGAAGACGUGUCUGGUACGCCGCUUCACUCAGGGCCUUUUCCCACCCGGGCAAGGCGCCACCAUUGGAGUGGACUUCAUGAUUAAAACAGUGGAAAUCAAAGGGCAGAAGGUGAAGCUUCAGAUAUGGGACACGGCGGGACAGGAGAGGUUCCGCUCCAUCACUCAGAGUUAUUACCGCAGUGCCAACGCCCUCAUUCUCACCUACGACAUUACCUGCGAGGACUCCUUCAGGUGCCUUCCCGAGUGGCUGAGGGAGAUGGAGCAGUACGCCAACCACCAGGUGCUGACCAUAUUAGUGGGUAACAAAAUCGACCUGGCGGAGAAGAGGGAGGUCCAGCGGCAGAGGGCCCAGGACUUCGCCGAGGCCCAGAGCAUGCUCUACCUGGAGACGUCCGCCAAAGAGUCGGACAACGUGGAGAAGCUCUUCCUGGACCUGGCCUGCGAGCUGAUCCGCGAGGCCAAGCAGAACAAGCUGGACAACAAUGACGCCGCCCCCGUGCCUGGCGAGGGCAAGACCAUCAGCUACCUGAGCUGCUGCAGCCUCAACUAGCACGCCGCAUGCAGUGGCUCCGUGCCGACUGCAGGGGGGGGCGGCCCUCUUGAGAUGACGCUAACUUCUAACGUCCUUACCUUCUAGCAUUUUGUCAUUUCCACCCCCAUGCCUUGGAACAUGUGGCGCUGGCCUUCUUGGAUGCAACCUUCCCCGUCCGGGAAUCCACACAGGGCUCCACCUCCGGUCGUCGUAGCGACAGGACCACAUCGCGCCGACGGGGUUUUCUUUUUUUUAAUGUCAACAUUCACCAGCAGUGUUAAACGACUAGAGGCUCCCCUGCUGGCUGCUUCUCCCCUGCAGGCUCGGAAAAGCUGAAGCUAUCAUUAGCAAGAGAACGUUUACAUCUUUUUCCCACCCGUUCUUUGUCUUUGUGUCAUUGCUGAGUAGUUCUUUGCACCGUUAUGACAAACUGUGAAAUAUUUGGCUCCUCCUUGCUGCUAUACAGUAUCUUCAUCAACCCAAUCAGUAUUUUAUCUCCUUCUGUUUGAAGCCACUACUGUUUUUAUAGGAAGGUGUUUUCUUCUUUACUUUAAUCCAUAGACAUGAAUGUUUCUCAUUGUAAUAUCACCUCCUGUUGGACUAGAGGCUCGCGUUUCUUUUCCCCCUUUGACUUGUUUCAUAUGCUUUUAUUGUGAAAACCUCUAGCUCACCCAGCAUGUUUUUCCAUAACUGGUAUAGUGAUCAUAUAUUUAUAAUAACUGUAACGUACUGUAUUGCACAAUGCUGUAUACUGCACACUUAUUGUUUUUACAUCUUUUCGUUGUACAAGCUUACUAGUACAUCUUAGCACUUUUUAAAACAACUGGUUUAAGUAUCACGAAAUGGAUACUUUUAUUGACAAAAAGGCAAAUGUUUUUCUUUUGUUUUGCUUUCUUAGAUCCAGCAGCAGUUACUUAUCGUCAUCAGUUGGUUAAUGCAGUAGGAAAACACUAUGGGGAUGUUUCUUUUCCAUUCUGUGUACAAAAUAUGGAAAUAACUGUAUAAUAUUAAAUAAUCCUACUAAAUACA